AUGGAGAAGAACUUUACCAUGGAAAAGCUCCUGGAAAACCUUCACACCGUCCUUCAGGCCAUCAACAAGACACUGAACAAUGCGCCGUGCCAGUCAGACACGCAACACAACACCACCAAACCCAACAAGGACGACAAUGCCUAUAUCUUCAUCAUCUUCGUCAUGUUCCUCUUUGCUGUGACUGUAGGAAGCCUGAUACUCGGAUAUACACGAUCUAAGAAUGUGGACAAACGGAGUGACCCCUACCACGUCUACAUUAAAAAGAGUCCAGUCUCAGUUAUAUGA